GAGAGGUUGGAGACCCGACGGCGUGCCUGCCACAGCUGCUCCCCUCGAUCCCGUAGACCUCCAAGUCCGAGUGCGACAUGGACCGCCCACCGAAGGAAGGACCUACACCAGUGCGGAGCCAGGAGCAUCCUCGCCCCUGCUUCCUGGACAACGGCGAAGAGCAGCAAGAGUCACGCAGGAAAAGAUCUGCCCAAAAGAGACGAACUGCGAAAGCUGCCCCAGCAGCAGGAGGCGCUGUCAAAGACCUGGCCUACAAGGAGCGGUCUGAGGGUGAUGAGCCGGGAGAGGGCAGGGAGCACGUGCAGGAUGGCAGUGUGGGCGCCCAGAAGCUGGAGCAGCAGCAGGAAGGGGAGGCGGGUGAGGGUCCCUCCGGCGCCAGAGACCCCCAGAGCAAGGAGGCGCAGUUCUGGUCCAGAGGGAUCUUCACCAAGGCGCAGGUGGAGGAGCUGGAGAAGAUUUUCCAUGUACACCAGUACAUCGAUGAGAGCCAGCGAGCGGAGCUGGCAAGCCGCAUGAACGUGAGCGAAUCCCGUGUGCAGGGCUGGUUUAAGAAUAGGAGAACCAGAUGGAGAAGAUACCAGAAGACAUUGGUGCACAGAAACAUGGGCCCUGUGGCCCAGGGCCAGCCCUCCAUGAUGGGCGUCAAUGGAAACAGCAAUGCCAUGUUUGCUCCAGAGCCAGAUUGGAGAUUGAAUUUUCUGAUGCCACCCCCACCAGUGUCACCUAUCCCACCACUUCCUCCCGAGACUCCCAUACCUCCCUUGCCUCCUGUGACUUGCUUGCCUCCCGUGACUCCCUUGCUUCCCUUGCCCUUGAUUGCCUUCCAACUGCCACCUUCCAUCACCUCUGCCCCAGUCCCCAUUGUCCUGACCUUGAUCUGUUGCAAUUCAUUUAGCAACCCUGAUAUCUAAAGUUUGGUCUCUGCGACAAUUUUUCCAAAAUAAUUUCUGAUGCAAAUUCUUCUUCGCUUAUCUUUAGAAAGUAGUGCUCCAAAUUCCUGCUAAGAGUAUUGAAGUUAGUACCCAUAUUUUUCA